AUGUGCUAUGACAAGCCACGACGUUGUUCAUUGGCAACCUUCUCCCUCCUCAUCUUCUCCUUACGCACGGUUGUCGAAAAUGGGACCCACCUCCUCACCUAUUUCGUCGAUCGUGACCCUUCUCUCAAAUCCCUCAUCUCUUGCCUUGACCUCUCUGGCGCCGACAAUACCAACCACCGUUCUUCCAGAUCUCCAACCGAGUCAUCUUCUCCGAUCUCUCUCCGCUGCCGACAUCGCCCAUUUCUUCACCUCACUCGCGUUGAAACCUUAGACGACGAUUUCUUCUCCAGCGAUGACGAUGACGCUCGCUCCCUCUUUGGCCCCAAUCAGAUCUCCCCAAUCCUCAUUUUCUCAUCCUCCCCGCACUCCACCUCCAAAUUAGGGUUUAAUGUGUCGGCCAGCACGUGUUUAUCCUGGUAUUCAGGGAAUAUCAAGGUCGGGGCGUGUCAUAAUGGAACUUAUGGGUCUAGGGUUUCUGAAAUUGUGCGCUCCAGCCUCACGUUCAAGGCUGAGAAAUUCACCAUUUCUGAUGACAGAGCUAGAGGCAGGGAUGGCGACAGAGAAAGCAAUGAAGGGGAGGAGAAAGGCGACGAUGAAGAAAUGGACAAUCGGGCCAUCGAUUUGCAAUUCUUGAUCAACGGAUUGGAGCUGGGUCGCCAGGACGUGGUGACGUUGUUCUUCCUCUUGAAAGUGUGA